GGUACUCGUUUCAGGUGUCCAUACUAGUGAGCGAAAGCCGCGGCUAGAGAAGGGUUCACACAUCGCUAUAAAGGGAGCAGACUCAGAGAGAAGCGAAGUUUACAUGAAUAGGCGGACCGCAAAUGAGCAAACAUCCUCGCAACUUAACUUAUAAACUACAGCCGGAUAAUACAAAACCCACGCCUGGAAAACGAACACAAGACAGGAUUAUUCAACACACCGCUUACGACGCUUUCCUAACUUGUUGACAUGAAAGGCUUUUUUGCAAAACAUUUGUCUGGAGCUCACCGGUGAACUGCAACACCUAUUUUCGUGUCUCAAAUGACAUGCAAUACUGACUCUCGGCUCCUGUAUUACGAUCUUGAUCUCUAAAGAGGACACCAAUGCCAGGAAUCACCGCAAACGCAUCGCGAAAUAAAAAGUGGGAGAUGGAGGAAAACGACCAAUAUCAACACUACUUCUACGACGACCACAACUUGGACGAGGACUUUUUCAAAUCAACCGCACCAAGCGAAGACAUUUGGAAGAAAUUCGAGCUCGUGCCAACCCCGCCCAUGUCGCCUGUCAGGAUACUGGAAGGUACCGGUCCAUCUCCAGGGGACAGAUUAGAGUGGGUGUCCCAGUUUUUGGGGCAGGACGACGAGCAGGAGGGACACUGCAAACUCAACGCGAAGGAGACUCUGGAGAACUUGAGCUCCAUCAUUAUUCAGGACUGUAUGUGGAGCAGUUUCUCCGCCACCCAGCAGCUGGAGAAAGUUGUCAGCGAGCGUUUGUCCUGCUCGGCUCAGUCGAAACUCUCCAGCAAAGCGCAGUGCGUCCCAGUGGACGCUCCUGUUCUCAACAGCUUCGCGACAGAUUGCGUGGAUCCAGCAGCUGUCCUUACUUUCCCCCUGACCAGCAGCUGCAAGAAACAGGUGUCGUCCGGGUCGGAAUCUCGCACCGACUCCUCGGAUGAUGAAGAGAUCGACGUUGUAACGGUGGAGCAUAAGCAGAACAAGUCGCGCUUGGUGAACGCCCGCAAACCGGUGACCAUUACUGUUCAUGCAGACCCUUAUGACCCUUGCAUGAAGCGUUUCCACAUCUCCAUUCACCAGCAACAGCACAACUAUGCUGCCCGCUCGCCCGACAGUUAUCCUGAAGAGGAGCCGCCUCGCAAGAAGAUCAGGCAAGAGACCUUGCAGCCACGAAUGAGUUCCCCACCCCAGACCCCUGAAAGAAACCACCCCCUACCUUCUCCCCCAGUCCCCGCCCAAUCCCAGACUGUGUCCGCUUCUCCAACGCACUCAUCCUACCACUUCAAAUCCCAACCAUCCAGCCCUCAGAGUUCAGACUGUGAGGACACGGACAAACGUAAGACGCACAACUACUUGGAGCGGAAGAGACGCAAUGACCUACGCUCGCGCUUUCUCGCCUUACGGGAUGAAAUCCCAGGCCUUGCUGACUGUCCAAAGACACCCAAAGUUGUGAUCUUGACCAAGGCCACGGAAUACCUGCGAACGCUGCAUGUCGGCGACAAACAUAAGGCCCAGGAGAAGAAGCAGCUGAAAAGCAGGCAACAGCAGUUACUACGGAGACUCGCUGAACUGAAACGUGCAUAAACCUUCAUAGUCCAGCCUUGAUUUCAAUAGGAACUUUGUAGAGCUGUGUGUGUUUUCUUUUUUUUUGUUGUUGUUUUUUUUCCAAGUUCCACGUUGGGAUAUUUAAUGGAAUGGACACUAUUUUGAGAUUAGUUCUUCAGUUUUCGUUCUUUGCACAUUUGCCUUCGCAACUGGGGGAGGGGGACGUACUUGUGGAAACUGCGGUACUGGUGUUCUCAAGUGGACCCUAAUAAGUUUCAAACAAUUUUUCCAAAGAGGGUCAUUAUUUCUGACAUUUUCAUUAGAAAUGUACCGAUUUAGACCCUGAAUGUGUGUUCUCUUAAAUUUUCUCGCAAAAGCUAAAGUAUUUUGGCGGGGAAGUAUUAUUUAAUUGAAUUAGCAUGCCAAAUUAGGCGUUAUUUGAAAUGUAGCAAUUUAUAUGCACGUGUAAUUGAUCUCCUAAACCGUCAUGGUUUUUUUUUGUUUUGUGGCAGAAUCUAGAAUUCAUCUGGUUUAAGAUAUUUAAGUGUCUUUGAUCCGUGUAACUUCUCCGUUAAUAGGGUUUUUGUUACCUAAAUUAACCUAAAUUUUAGGAGAGCUGUGUGCCACCAUUGCCACAUGAUGACAGUGUAAGUUUAACAGACAGGAAGUUGCAUCACUGUUACUUUUGUUAUAUUGAGUUUGUUCCUUUUGUUAUUGUAUAUAUUUUUCUUAUCUUGAACAUUCAGGACACUGUCCAGCACAGCCUUUCAGUGUAUAUAAACUGUGGCAAAUUCUUUGGACAUAUGUAUAUAAUAGUAGUGAUGUACAGGACAUUGUGUUUCGAACCUGAAAAUCAGCACUGUUAAUAGACUUUAUUUUCUAUUUUUCUGUCAUUUGUCCUAAACCUUGGUUGGCCCACCUGCCUUCCCUAGAGUAUCUCAAAGUUUCUAUUUUUGUUAAGAAAAGUUUUUAAAAAAUUCAAAAAGUUAAAUAAAACGACACUAUCAACAUUUCAUUUUCAUCACUAGCCACUUUAUGCUGUUUUCACUGCCUGUUCCCUUGCGUUCUGAAAUUUCUUUGGCUUAAUAUCGCUCUUGUGGCAGAAAGAGAAUGCUGAAAGAAUUUUGUACUAAUUAUAUUUUCUUACAGAAUUGAUUGUAUCAUUAUUUGAUUUCUAUUUAAAUAUAAAGUUGCACUGGUGGCAUAUGCUUGCUUAUCUCCCAAUAUGACCAUCAGAAAUUUAUGCACACUGUUAUUCAUGCCUAAGAAUGUUAACGGUCAUGUGUUCACAGCAAUCAUUGUGACUUAUGUUUGUUCGUUCUGCUUUGAAAUUGUAUGGCAAAAAGGGUAAAUUACUAUGAGAAAUUGACAGUACUUGAUAACCAGGGUGCAUAUGCCACCAGGAUUUGUUUUUUUGUUUUGUUUUUUUUUCUCUUUUGCCCCUUGUCAUCAGGUGUCAUACUGGGAAAAGAAUGGCAACAGCAUUGUUUAAGCACUUUGUGUUCUGUACCUCAUAAGCUUAUAUACAUAAACUCAAAAUUGGGUAAACAAUAAAUAAAUUCAGUUCAAAUCA